UGGAAAUGAGGGGGAAAAUACAAAGAAAAUUAACUAAUUAUCCGACAAACAAAAAUACAAAAAUAUUGACAAGAAUAACAGAGUGAAAUGACUAAUGGCAGUUUCCACUGGACAUUAAAUCAAGAAGCUUGAUAAAAACGAGUUCACGUCAAUUACAUGUAGCUGCAUUUCUAAGAGUCAAUAACUAAAAUAUUUGUCGAUUUACUUUCUUAUCAACCCUUGCGGCAAAAUGACAGAUCACAAUCAGUUACAUUUUGUGCUUUUUGAGGAGUUUACCACUUGUAUAUUGUUCAUCUUAUAAAAAGGAAAGCAAAGCAGUGUUGAAAAUGCAUUUACAUUUUUCUUCGGCGUACAGCGCUCAACAAAACGCUCAAAUUCCAAUUCACAAAUAUGAAAUCACCAGUCACUGUGUCAGAAGUACAUGUACAUGUACAUGUAAAGCAGGCCUGUCCCCCUGAGUACAUCGAGGUUAUAAACUUUGGUUGUAUAGUACUGCUUGUGAUGUGGGUCAGAGUGCCAUAAGUCGGUCAUGAUAUAUCAGCUGGAUUCUCCAAGUCAGCUGGUGAAGUCACCACGGAAUCACACCACAGAAUAAAUCAAAUUUCAGUGCCCCUCUGAGGGGUAAUCGGGUCAUAUGACCUGCGCGAUGUCACAUUUUAAGGGGCACAACCGGCUUACUGUGUACGUGCUGGAUUUUACAGCGGCUGUAUGUUCCUUUACCAGACACUCGAUGCAGAACACUUUGAAUGGAAUAACAGGCAAUUCUCUAAAAUUCACAAAAUCCUGAAGUUUAAAUGAUGGGCACAGUUAAUUUCAUUUUGAACUAAGGUGCAUCUUUUUCGUUUUCAGUGACAUGUACAUCACCGUAAACUGUGCUGAAGUCCAUGAAUUACUUCAUGAAUGUAAACAGGUGUUAUGAUGCUCUAUACAUCAGAACAAAAGUCAAGUUUUGAAACGUAGGGAACAUUUAAAGCGUAAGUCUUGAAAAUUAUGAAUAUUUGACAUUGCACUCACACAUUUUUGGGCUGGGGUCAACGUGUGCGCCAGCACGUAUACAUUUUUUUUGUAACACCACUAAGAUGUUGGCAACAUGGCAUGCGCAGAAUUACAUACCAGAACUUAACAAGUAUGCUGAAUAUAGGCAUGGUCUAAGCAUUUUGUUGACAGUCCUAACACAGAGGAAUCAUCCAUGGUUCUAACAAAUCCGGAAAAAGUCCCCUGAUGACCUCCACUUUCACCGUCAGGGGUUUAAUUUAAGAGAAUUCAGGAGUGAAAAAGAACUUAAGAACUAAAUGCUGUUGCUCCAGAAUUCAGCGUGUCGUUGUUGAUUGUGCCGUGGCAAACAAAAUAAUUAUAGUAUCACUGUAUAAUUAUGUACAUUACUACAUGCUAAACCGUGGAAAGCAUGAUGCGCCUUGAGCAAAAUUGGUUAGGGACGUAGUUGAGGUCAAGCCUGCAGGUUGUGGUUCGGAGAAACCGUACACGCUAUUCAAAAUCACGCUGCGUUGACGGUUAGCUGGUACCCCAUGGAUGUUCUGGCAUACUUCGAUAGCGAAAAAAUGUCACUGACUGGUACCCAUUUUGUGCAAUCGAUGCGGUUAUUUCACGGUCAUAUAUGGCGCAUAUUGAGGGAGUGUUUACACAACAGAUUGAUGUGGAUAAACAUUAUAUGUGACCCAUGAGCGCACCCAGAAUUUGAAACAAACCGCCAAUAUGGUUGGUGAUGAGUGAUGAAAUCCUUGAGAAAGGGGACCAGUGUUGUUCAGUGUAGGACAUCUGAAAUCAAUUUCACAUGCGCAGGCAACCAAAGGAGACAAGUCAGGAUAGUUAAGUCAUAUUAAGAGCAACAGUACAAAUGGAUAAGUACAUCACAGUCCAAGAACUUUGUGAGGCAAAGAAAAACUACGUCUUGACUGCUGCUGACCAGUCUACUUGGGAGUAUGAAGGAAUCCCUUUACCGAGUAAUGUCUAUGAGAGUACGAUGCAAGACCUGAAGGAGUGGGAAGCAAGAAAGGAAGAUAUCUUCGUUGUGACCUACCUCAAAGCUGGGACAACCUGGGUCUCGGAGAUUGUAUCCUGCCUGAUUCACGACGGCAACAUGGACGUCGUUAAUAGAAGACAUAUCACAUCACGCGUGCCGUUCCUUGAACUGAUCUUCCAUGGAACGCCGAAAUUUGUACCACCUAACCACAAGAUCUUAGAUGAUGUUCCUUCUCCUCGCGUUAUCAAGUCACACCUCCCCGGUCAGCUUCUGCCUCCAAAAGUCUGGAAGAAGAGGGCCAAGAUUAUCUACGUGCUCCGUAAUCCCAAAGACCUUGCCGUCUCGUUAUUUUACUUCGGUAAAGCCUGGCAAGACAUGGGAUUCGACAAAUUUUUGGAAAUAUUUUUAGCUGGGAAAGUGGACUAUGGACCCUGGUGGGAACAUUUUCUAUUCUUCUGGGAGAGACGACAUGAAAGCAACGUCUGCGUAAUUCAGUAUGAGGACAUGCAAAGAAAUCUGAAAGACAGCGUGACUACAAUAGGGAAGCUCCUAGGCAAGGAGUUAAGUGACCAGACCAUAGAUGCUAUCGUAGAUCACUGUUCGUUUGACAACAUGAAGAGCAACCCCAUGGCAAAUAUGGAUACCAUCAGGCUAAACAAACCACACCAAUUCAUGAGGAAAGGGAUCGUUGGCGAUUGGAAGACUCACUUCACAGUGGCUCAAAACGAGAGGAUGGACGCAUUUAUCCAAGCGAAAUUGACGGGAACUGGCUUAGCAUUCCACUUUGAAUAAGAUGUCCAAGGGCAAUACACGUGCGCCGCACUACUUGAGUUUUUGAAGGGAGGUACCAAAUACAUGUGGGUCUACAUGUAUAUCAAUACGUACAUUGUUUUGAACAAAUACCGCAUACGUUCUUACCAGUGAUCAUUACGGUAUAUGUUGUGGAUUCCUUUCUCAUGAAUUCAUUUGUUUCCAGAAACUCAGACAAGAAACCUGAGAGUCGACUACUAUAUGUAAAUAUAAAACUGCAUUUUGCGAUUCCCUUUAUGUCAUGAACCUGAACAGUAAGAAUUUCUGCUCUAAAACUAACUUUUCUAGCCUACAUGUCAACAGAGGGCGAAGUCCAUUAAUCGGUUAACUUCCUUACGUAAUCACAUCAACGAAUGCACAAGAAUCGAUACCGAAAUCAACCGGUGGGGUAAAUAGCCAUUUCUUGUCUUUUUCCCCUAAACAGGUCCAUCCAUUUCAAAGAGCACGAAACAAAGUGGAGGAUUGCAGAACACACAAACAUUGAACUGAUUGAACAUACGAAAUUAUAAGCAAAUGCCUUUUAUUUUUGUUUUCCUUUGUACAAGAAGCUACUGUACAUCUAUGUACAUGUAUUCACAAAUUCUGUUCAUAAAAAAUAUGAACUUUGUAGAAAAGGACUUAAAGAGGCAACAAAUGACCCAAGCUCUCCAAAGAAACAGCAAAUUUGCCACUGCUUCGACUGGAACACAAAUUUGUUUUCUUGGAAAAUAUUUAUCUUAAUCAUGACACUAGGGAAGACAAGUCGACUUCUAUUGAAAUGGUCAAAAUUGAAAAUAAAGGAGAGUUAAUUCAUCAACUCUUUUCCCAAGAUGAUCUCUAUCAAACACUUAUUUCUUAAAAAAAAGGUUUAAAAUGAAGUCCUGUCCUAAACUUCUGACAUUCCUUAUGACAUCAUUGCCAUUUGUAGUCUAUUGCACUUGUAGGUAAUGUCUCGUUGAGAUGUCACUUUGCUUCAAUCUCU